UAUAUAUAUAUAGAGAGAGAGAGAGAGUGAGAAAGAGAGAGAGAGAGAGUGGUGGGUGGGUGGAAGAGGGAGAGGCGUGUGUGGUUUAUGAGUUUUGUGUAGUUAAUAUUCACAUUCAUAGACUUUACUGAGAAUAGAAGAAGAACCAGAGAUUAAACAAGGCACUACAAAGGAAACCCCAAAACUCAAAAACCACAAUGAAACAGAGCAUCUUCAUUCUCAUUCUCUGUUUCGCCAUUUUUGGUUGCACUUAAAUUUCAACCAGUUAAGAAGGGUUUCCUUUCUUUUUCGGUUUUGUUUUUGUUUUUUGUAUUUGGGAUUUUGAUCCGGUGAUCAAAUAUGGCCAAGACUGGUGUUUUCGAUUCUGAUCCGACGGUUAUGACCAAACCCACCUCGGAAUUGAAAAAAGAGCUUCAGAGAUUGGUGAAAGCCAUCGUUGAAGAUGACGAUUACAGUACUGAAACCAUCAAUCAAGCUAAGAAUACUCUUAUUGCUAUAAGAGAUUUCAAGCUUAGAAAGCGAUCCCACUCUUUGAAGAGUCCAGAUACAAUUUCGUGUCCACAUGAGUUUCGAUGCCCACUCUCUAAGGAGUUGAUGAGAGAUCCCGUUGUUGUUGCCUCCGGUCAGACUUAUGAUAGACCCUUUAUCCAGAAAUGGCUUAAGGCAGGGAGCAGGACAUGUCCUCUUACUCAACAAGUCCUUUCACACACAAUUCUCACCCCUAAUCACUUGAUUCGGGAAAUGAUAUCACAGUGGUGUAAGUGUACAGGUAUUGAAUUGUCUGACCCUGAUCUCUAUUUAAAUGAAGAUGGUAUCACAGCAGCCGAUCGAGACCAUUUUCUUUCAUUGCUGGGGAAGAUGUCUUUAUCAUUACCCGAUCAGAAAGUGGCAGCAAAGGAGCUCAGAAUGUUGACUAAAAGGAUGCCUUCCUUUCGGGCACUAUUUGGAGAGUCCUUAGAUUCCAUUCCUCAAUUGCUUCGUCCACUCUCGGAAGGCAAGUCUCAGACUGGUGUUCAUCCUGAGGUUCAAGAAGAUGUGAUCACAACGCUAUUGAAUCUUUCUAUCCAUGACAACAAUAAGAAGCUUGUUGCGGAAACACCUAUGGUAAUUCCUGUUCUGAUGGACGCGCUCAAAUCAGGAACCAUCGAGACAAGGAGCAAUGCAGCUGCAGCCCUCUUUACUUUGUCUGCUAUUGAUUCUAAUAAAGCGCUCAUAGGUAAAUCUGGGGCCUUAAAGCCACUCGUUGAUCUCCUCGAAGAAGGGAAUCCUUUAGCUAUGAAAGAUGUUGCCUCUGCGAUUUUCAAUCUGUGUAUCAUCCACGAGAACAGGACAAGAGUGGUGCGUGAUGGCGUGGUUGGGGUAAUUCUUGAGAAGAUAACGAAUCGAACACAUGUAGAUGAGUUGUUGACACUGCUUGCAAUGUUUGCAACACAUCAAAAGGCUGUGGAAGAAAUGGGAGAGAUUGGAGCUGUUCCUUGCUUGCUUAGCAUAAUCAGAGAAAACGCUUGCGACCGUACCAAAGAGAAUUCAAUCGCGAUUCUCCACGCUAUCUGUUACAACGAUCGAACCAAGUGGAAGGAAAUGAGGGAAGAAGAGAAAAUGUAUGGAACAUUAUCUAAGCUUGCCCAGACUGGCACAUCCAGAGCCAAGAGGAAAGCUAGUGGAAUUCUUGAGAGAAUAAACAGAGCUGUUAAUUUGACACACACUGCAUGAUUUGGAUAUUUUGGUACCAUCACAGACUCCACACUGUGACUUGUAAAUUCUCCCAUCUUUGUUUUAAGCAACAUUGUCCUAUUAUGCAACUUUUUCCCCUCUCAGAUUUCCAAUGGUCUUUCUCAACAACCAUCACUCUGUAAAUUCCUUGUUUCUUGUGAGUGUUUAAAUUUCAGCUUAGUCCAUGUGAAUAAAAUACAAUACAAGCUUUGCUCUUUA